UUCUUGUACGCACAUAUGUACAGUCACAUGCGUAGCUCUUUUCCUCAUACCUAGCAAAAGAAAGUGGUGUGAAAACCGUGUUUUUACGGUUAUUUUCUUUAGUGUUUGCCAAUGUUUUUGUAAUUAUAAGCCCUCUCCAAAUCAGAGGACAGAUUUGCAGAUACCCUGGUUACAGGUUUUGUCAGCCUUGUAUAGAAACUUGAAACGCCACAAAGCUUGCAACCAUGUCGACCAAGAUGUCUCACUCUGCAAACCAGUCAGCUGCUCAAGCUGCUGCUACUUCCCCAUCAUCAGAGGCACAUCCUACCGGCCGGCCAGCGGGAAUCCUUCCCAUGCCAGCACAGAUGCUGUCGUCCUCCAGUGAUGGUGGUAGUGGUACAAGCAGUGGCCCUACUGCUGCUUCUGCAAGUCCCAAAGUAACACAGCAAGACUCCUCUGGCCAUGUCAGUGUGCCUACCACUGGUGGUGGAGACAAUGCUGCACAGGGGCCUGUGCAAAAUGAAGCUAACAACAUGGCAAAUACCAAAGAGAAGACAUCAAUGUGCCUGCUCAAUGAGCUUGCACGAUACAACAAACUCCAACCCAAAUAUGAACUCAUCAAAGAAAAGGGCCCUCCCCACGAGAAGAUCUUCUCUGUAUGCCUUACCCUUGGCACUCAAAAGUAUGAGUCCUCUGGAAAAAGCAUUAAGAAGGCACAGCAUGGAGCAGCUGCCAUUGCUUUGGAGGAAUGUGGACUGCCCCAUCCUGUUCCUAGAGAACAGCCCAAGAAGUUCAAGCAUAGGCCCAUGAACACCAACACUGAUGCCAUGACCCCAACUGUCAAGCUGAACAGCCUAGCCAUGAAGACGGGCAAGCAGGUGCAUUACGUGCCCCUCAAUCCUGUACCGCAGCGCCCCUUUUACGGGGGUUACCGUGGCCCAAGGAACCAGGGUAUGCCUCACCCUAAUCAUGGUAUGCAACAGCCACCGCAACAGGGUCCUCCACCACCCAAUCAGCAACAACAGCCAUCUCCACCACAGCAGCAACCAGGGCCGCAGCAACAGGGGCAGUCUGGGUCAGCGCAACCACCUCCUACAUUCCACCCACCUGGCCCUCCUCAAAUGCCACCUCCACCCAUCCAAUCACAGCAAGGUCAAGUGCCACCUCCUCCAGGCAUUGCCCAACCCCAGGGGAUGCCUCCCCAGGGCCCUGGGGGGAUGGAUCAGCAGGGACAACAGGGUGGGGCACCACCACCAAAUCAAGGACAACAACAACAGCGUAUGCCCCAACAGGGAGGCCCUCCAUAUCAAAACCAGCAUCAUCGGCCUUACUAUCGCUACCCAAGGCCAUUUGUGCACUAUGUUAAGGUGACCGUCGGUGAUCGUGAAUUCGUAGGGGAAGGAAAGACUCAGAAGGGAGCACGUCAAAAUGCUGCCUCCCGUGCUCUGAGUGCCCUGGAAAAUGAACCUGCACCUAAGGUUGACAUGGCUACUACAACCAAUGUGGAUGUUGAUGGCAAUGGUGAUGCCUCAAGUGGUGGAGAAGAGAGGAACAUCAAGUCUGAUAUUAGUCUCAUCUAUGAAGCUGCAAACCUUCACAAUCUCAAUGUUGUCUUUAAGGUUUUGGAGGAACGUGGUCAGCCACACUUGAAGGUUUUCAAGCUGCAGUGUACCGUGGGAGAGUUCGUCACUGAAGCAGAAGGUCCAUCAAAGAAAGAUGCCAAGCGUAAAGCUGCUGAAUUGAUGCUCCCAAAACUCAAGGAACUCCCUCCAGUCGCUAAUAAGGUUGUUGUCCAGCAUCAAAUGAUGCAACGCAAACUUUGGAUGCAGGACAAGAAUAAGAAAAAGAAAUCUAAGUCGCUCCUCAAGACAUCUCCAGAGGACCCCAAUUUUGGCGCUCCAGGCCUUCACCCUGUCAGCAGGCUUGUGCAGAUCCUCCAGGCCAAGAAUGAGCGUGAACCUGAAUUCACUGUGAUUGAUGAUCGUCCUCUGAUGGAACGAGCUGGACCUCACAUGAUACGAAGACGAGAGUUCACCAUACAGGUUGCUGCUGCAUCUAAGAAAGCUACUGGUAAAGGGAAGACCAAGAAGGAUGCCAAGAAGCAAGCUGCAGAGAACAUGUUGAAACUCCUUGGCUAUGCCCCUACACCUGAUGAAACCAAUGGUUUGAGUCCAGGACAACCAUCCAAAUCAGCCCUCAAGACUGGAGCCAAGCCUGUAGAUCAGGAGGGGGACAGGAAAGUUACCUUCAAGGAUGAGAAACAGAAGAAAGGUACUAAGAAGGAUGAAAAGAAAGAUGGCUCCCAAGUCCAAGGGAAUUCUGGGAAGGGACUUGCCCCAGGGUUACUUCCCAUGAUGCCAGGCAUGGGAACCCAACCACAGAUCUUCCCAUCAGGCCCUGCUCCAGCAGGAGCUCAUAAAAUGCCCGGGCAAGGCCUAAACCGUGCCCCUGGUGCUCCUGUCACAGGCUCAAAUAUGAAGGUUUCCCCAAAGAAGAAUUCUCUACGUGACAUCGCUCAGGACCUUCUUAGCCUUGGACACUCCCCAACCGCUGAAGCACUUCUAAAGGGAACAGCUGGACCACAUUCUAUCCCCAAUCUCUCCAGACCAACUCAGCAGCUAGAGUACCUUGCCAAAGUCAGUGGUGUCAGCACCAAGUUUAAUGAUUUCCCAAAGGGAAACAAAGCAGAGUUCCAGUCUGUGGUGUACAUCUCAACUGAUCCUCAGUCUGCUUACCGUGGUUCAGGUGCCACUGUAGAAGCAGCUCAUGAUGUAGCAGCAAUCACUGCAUUGAGAGCUCUAGCAGGCAUCACUGAUGGGGAUACAAGCAAGAAAGGUGUUGGACGAUAGACAUCACAGGCUUCUUUGGCAGAAACAUGUAAGCUGCUGACAAACACAAGGGAUGUUAACAAGUUCGUUCAUUGAAAGCUUCUUGAAAGAAAAGGAAAUUAUUAUAAGAUAUAUCGAUAUAAAUUGAUGAUUUUAUGUCAUUCUCAUUGCACUUUUGUUUUUAUUUUUAAUUGAAUUCUUAUACACUUUUGCAUGCAAACACAAGAAUUUAGUUUCAUGAUAGUUUACCCUAGUUUUUAUUAUGUACUAAAAUAUUACGAGGCAUCCUGGAUUUAUCUAUAAGUUUUGAUUCUUCUUUUUAAGUGAUUAUUCUUAAAUUAAAAAAAGGUAUUUCUGGUGAAAGGAAGAUUUUAUUCUUUUGAUUUUAUUACAUAGAAUGAAUGUAUGUAUAUUCUUAAUGUUUGCAUGCAAAAUUUGUCACAAGAUGGCUAAGAAUAACAUUGAAAAGAAUUUAUUAGGUGUGGUAUUGUGAAUAUUGUUAAUCAAAACAAAGUUGCUUAAAAGUUCAUGUUUUAUGCUUAUGGAUAGAAACGGCUUGCUUGUAGCUUUAAUGAUAGUUAACAGAUUGGAAUUUCCUAUAACGAUCAGAAUUUGUCUUGUUUUCAUUGUUUAUAUUUUGGAAUAUUUGGAAGGCCCAAACUUCAUCUUUCGUAUUGUAUUUUUGCUGAUUAGUAUCAACACUGAUGAUGAUGAUGAUUCUGAAUAGAUUCACCAUUAAGCUGUAAAACAUGUAUUUCUAAAUGAAUGUGUAUAUAUUCACACUACCAUGCUGUGCAUCACUUACAAGAAUUAAAAGUGUAAUGAGUAUUAGAUUAAUGAAACUAAAAAUUGAAGAAAAGCUGUGGUAGGUUCAUUAAAUGGAGAGGGCCCUCCCAUUGCUUUUUAUUUGAAUGAAAACCUUUGUUUCACCAUGCAUUGAUUAUUCAAAAAGAAGUCGACAUAUGUCUGAAGAAAAUAAAUAAUCUGCACACGAAAGUUGUAAUAGUGGAAGUAGGAAAAAAGCCAUGUUUUUUGGGGAAAUUAGAUAAUUAGACAAGAGUAGAUGAAAUAAAGAAAUCCAUCUCGUAUUGUUUUGAUCUCUCUUCCACACAGAUUCUUUUGGCAAAUUGCCAUUAGUUUUUUUUUUAACCAUUGUGUUUCAUCGCCAUUUGUAUUUUUUAUAAAAAAGACAUAACAAAAUAGACAAUUGAAGCACCUAUGUAUCAGGUGAACCUCGGCUGUUACAUUGUACCGUUGUAGGAUUGUGGAAAUGACAACAUUUUUUUAUUGCAAGAUGGCUAAUUUAAAUGUAGAAAAGCUUUGACUCUUGAAAACAUUUUGUUCUUUCUGCUUUCACUACAAUGCAAUUCGUAUGUGGUUUAUUUACACCUAAACAAAAGAGGUCCUGUAGACAUAUAAAGUAUGACAAUAUGUUUCUAAAAGUUUUCACUUGCUGUUGUUCAAAAGAGGUUUGGAGGAAAGAAGAAAUAACACUUUGAGCAGUGUUUGAAGCAAAGGUUUUUACUGCAAAUGAAAUCUUCAAUUUAUUUUACAUCUAUGUAUUUGCGUAUAUAAUGUGAUGAUGAUGAUGAUAAAGGCACGUAUAGGCACAAAUUUUGCACCCGUGUUCAUAAUCUGGUGUAUAAUUUAUGUUUAUCCUGCCUAAAUGUAUUUUUAAAGGUAUUUUUUAUUCACUUGCUUCACGGCUAGAUUUCCUCAUUUGUAUGUAUUUAUUUAAAAAAAAACAAAUAUUGGACUGACCCUAAUAAUGAAUAAGUCUUACUAGACUAUUCCGAGACAGGUACCUAUUUUGUUUUUUAAAUGAUGUACCAAAAGUUCUUUUCAACCCAUCAUAUCAAACAUUCACACUCCAUGGGUGAAAAUAUUAUUUUGUGUCAUGGUCAUUUACUCUACUUUAUCACGGUUGUACCUGCUAGAUCGGACUAUGAUAUAAUAUUAUGAUUCUUGAUGGAAUAUUUAAGUAGAAAAUCUACAACUUGUAUAUUCAUCAGAAAGAAAUUAUCAAAAUUUGCCAAACAAUCCACAAAUCACAGAAAACUAUGUCUUAUUAUCUGUUAUAGUAUUAUAGCACGUUGGAUUAUCAGUGUAAGUUUUCAUCACGAGGUUUAUGAUGAAAAAGGCAUUUUGUUGCUAAUGUUAAAGAUGAUUUAGAAGAAACCACAAAGACUUGUGCUGGAAGCAGUAUGUUAGUAUUCUAACAAUUCAUCAUUAAAUACUCUUGGUUAUGCAACAUA